AUGAAACUAUUUUGUGUCUUGACCAUUAAUGUGGUGUUGUUGUUGUCGACAUUGUGUGUUGCCUUGCCAUUGGAAAAACAACAACAAGAAAUCAUAUUUAAAGAUCAAAGUUCCGAUGACAUUGACAUGGACGUAGCGGAAUCUAUAAAUAUUCCACUGGUGACAAAAACUGUAAAUCAACCGGAGAAAAAUAGUGAUGAUACGGGAAUUGCUGGUGUGCCUAAGAAUUCUGAACGCAUUGCCCGUCAAUUGGAUAUUGAAACUGCGGAAAGUGUUAACUAUGGUUUGCAGGCGAAUAGCCCACAAUCUGAUGAUUUCGAUAUACAUUCACAAGCGGAAGAUGCUGCAUCUGAUUCAAAAUCUGGAUUUAGGGUAUCACUCUUCCAAGCUCCCGUAAAAACUCGUGAAUCGGUAAAUUUGGAAACUGAAGCUGUACCUUCCAAAGUUUUAAGUGUCUAUGAUAAUAGUCAGAAAUUUAUUGCCGAUAAAACACAACCCCAACCAAUUUUGGAUACAAUUAAUGAGCAUGAGAAAUACGGCAACAAUGGUGAUAUGUUUGAUGGCAUAUCUCGUAGUUUAGUCAAUGGUUAUGAGGCUUUUUCUAAUUUCCUAAAUACAAUAAUAAAGAAACCUCAACAAAUCUUCAAAUCCAUUAACAAGAGUGUCAAUGCCCAAUUGGAUAUAAUUGGCGGUAAACUUGUGGGUCUAUAA